AUGGAGCCUCGCGCCCGCGCUGCCAAAAAUGUUGGCAAGAUGAACUUUAGCCAUAACGAGCUCGCGCAGCUUCUUUACGCCCAUGGAGACGUGCGCAACCCGCUUCCCGAGACGAUCCGCGUCCUCGACGAGAUAGUAACCGAGUUCAUCCAAGGCAUGGCGUUUGAAGCGACCCGGGCGGCCAACUAUGCCGGUCGCCAGAAGGUUAAAUACGAGGAUUUCGAGUUUGCUUUCCGCAAGAACGACGCCUUCCUGGGCAAGGUCCAGGAGGUAUUUGAGAAGAAGGGCGAGAUUGACUCUGCGAAGAAGAUUUUUACCAAGGACGAUGAGGCAGUGCUUAUGAAAGACGCAGCGGACCAGGAGAAUAAGCAUAAGGACAAGCCUGCCAACGGGCAAGAGGAUGCUGGCGGCUCAUCUGCGGAUGCUGCUGCUAAGCAGGAGGAGGAAUUAGGCGAGGCGGACGAUGAUGCGGAUGCAGAGAGCGAAAUCGCUGGACGGCCGGCAAAGCGGGCGAGACUUGACGGAGAAAGCAAGUGA